AGUAGCAGGGUGAGCCACAAUCUCUAGGAGCAUAAAAACCCAUUUUUGGCUUCCUAGUAGAUUUCUUUGUGAGCGUUUGCCUAGAUUCUCUGGACAUGUAGAAAUAAAAGAAAAUCUCCUAGAUUCUCAAUAUUUUUUUUUUAUCAAAAUGCAAAGUAAAAAAGAUAAUGAAUCUGAAUUUAAAAAUGAGUUUGAGAAUUCCCCCAAUAUAAGAAACCCCAAAAAUGAAUUGGAUACUCCAGAGAUCACUACGAUUGAAAUUCCACAUGCAGUUCAAGAAAUCCUCAGAAGGAUUGAGCAAGCACAGCUUCUUCGAGCCAGAGAGGACAUUAAUACACAACUGAACCACAUCAUGAACAGUGUGCAACGAAUAAUGUCUCGCUACGGUUCGGAUUUUCCCUUGCAGUCUGAAAGGGCUCUCUCCCUUAAAGAACGUAUGAAAAACCAGAGAACCAUGUUUUUGGAGAAAAUGGCUUCCUACGUCAGGAAUGUUGAAAUGAGAGACAAUACACUUACCUAUAUUCUGGCCUGGUUGGAAGAAUGGAAUGCUGUUUUGUCUGACAUAACUGAAACGGAUAUUGAGGAACACUACCACUGGAUCGUGCAGAUGGAGCUGUUCCCAGACACGCUGAGAGCCAUUGAGAACAACGUCAACAUAUUAUGCCAAAUCAGUACAUCUUUGCUCAAAGAAAAGAAGAAACAGAAGAAAAAGGCAUUAUCUAGAGGUGCUCUGUGGAAAACUUGGAAAGAAAGAGCUAUAAAGAGACCUGCAACAAUCCAUGCCUUAAGACCAGAUCAGAUGAUUGCUGAUCAAUUUGCUGUAACUACAAAAGUUACAGAAAUUCAAACUAUGCUGCAAGAACUCACGGGCAGUGGGAUAUUCAACAAAAUGGAAAACAACGCUAUCAAGUACAUAUCAUCAACAAUACUAAACCUCUCGAAAGCUUUGACCACCAUAAACGAUGAAUUAAAAGCUAUUAACGUGCAAAGUAGCAGUAUGUUUGUAGAGACAUAUGAAACAGAAAAAGAAGUCUCUCAAAAGAUGAUUCAUGACCUGAGUGAGCAAAAUGAAAUGCUUCAGCAGAAAUUGCAGGCGGUAGAAGAAAACUACGAACAGCGCAUUCAAGUCAAAGACGCGAGAGCGCCCAGAGAACAUACGCCAUUGCCCGCGUCUCCAGCCAUCGCCAAAGAUGGUGACCGGGACGACAGUCUGAGUGCCAUUUUAGACUAUGAAUUUAAAGACAUGCUAGAGAAAUUCAAAACAAAAGAGCCGAGUGCGCCUGGGAAAAAGUGGGACGCUGCUCUUCCAAGUACAUUCCCGGAUGACACAAGCCCAGAUGUAGCUGAGCGACACCGCCUCUCUCAGGAAAAGCAGCAAGGGCCUUCCAGGCUUUCUGGAGAAAUUCCUGCAGAUAAAAUAGCACUGGAUAAAGAAGAUGUCCAUCCGAAAGCUGGGAGUGAUCAGUAUGAGUCACUGCCAGGAAAGCAUGCCAAAGGGUCCUCUAGAGCCAGGCUGUUGGAGGACAAAGGUGAAGACAGAGUGGCAGGGCUCACACCUGACCAGCACGCCGCACCACAAACACCCGAAAAGAACAGAAGAGAAAUGAGCCCGUUCUCUGAAGUCCAACCAAAGACAUCCCCUGAUUCAAAGAGACAGCCCUUCCCUUCCACUGAGACCAAGAGCCAGGAUGGCAGGAGUACAACAGGUGGUAUGCCAGAAAAGCACAGAAAACCACCAAGUCAACCCUUAGCAGGCAAGAGCCCUAUUCUGCAAGAGGAUAUUGAGCCGGCAGACAAACAUGGGGAAAGUGAAGCCAGCAGCUUCUCAGAGUCCCUCGGAAUGACUCAGCUGAAACACACAGCUGAAAUCGAAGCAAAGACACAACCAACCGCUACAAGCGCUAGCGUAGGCAAAGAAGGGAAAACCAAGGACAAGUCUCCCAAGGCUGAUAAAACAUACUCCAGGAGAGCCAGAGUGGCUCCAGAAUCUGUCAAAGAUCUGGAUGCUUCCGAGAGUGCAGGUGAACAGAGUAAUACAGAAGCUUUUCAAAAAGCCAUAAUGACUUUCCUGAAACAGAAAAUCGAAAACAUCCGGAAGCCGUCUGACCGCCAGGCCAUGCGGCCGGAGGAGGACGAGUCCCUAAAGACGACAGAAACAGAACAAUUGGGGAUGAUAAAGGAAAAGAUAGAGGAAUAUUUCCAAAAUGUGACUGACAUCGUUACUGAAAUCCUGAGGAAAUAUAAACAACAGUUUGCACAGAAACCUGUGACAUCCAAAAAGGAAGUUUCCUUUAAGCCAGAAACAUAUUAUCAGAAGCUAUCAACUAGUGCCAAGUCUGAACUUCGCACCUUCCUCUCAAAUGACAGCGUUGACCCUAUGAUUAAAAAUUUAAUACAAACCAUCUUAGCUGAACUAGAAAGUCAAAGGGAUACCACCCCACCCUCAAUAGCAGAGAAAGAUCAUGAGAAGGAAACGCAAAGCCCGAAGGAAUACUUGCAAGAGAAUCAAGAGGAAACAUAUGAGGAAGUGAGUCCCCCCAAGAAGAACCGAGGAGACGGAAGGGAUCAAGGGCAGACGGAGGAGGAUGAACCGCAGAGGCGCAGGGCAAAGCGGAAAGAAGAGCCCAAAUCCUCGCAGCUGCAGGAAGCCCAGAGGCACAAGGCGAGAGAGGACAGAGAGAAGCAGAAGGAGUAUGAAGAGACCAGGACUCGGGUUCCCAGGGCAGCGAGACACCAGGAGCUGAGAAUAACAGGGAAGAGAGAGGGGAGGCAGAAGCCACGGCUGGAGCCCCUUGACAGGCAGAGAGAGCACAUGGAAGAGGAUCACAAGCUGGAGGAGAAAAGAUAUGAAGAGCUGUUGAACGCGGAGGCCCAAACUCCUCUGAAGUCAGACGGACCUCCAGCUCCCCAAGGAAGUAGGCCCACAGGAUAUUCACAGAUUCCUCCACAGACAAUACAGUCCCUAUCAAGCAUCCCUCCCACAUCUCCCCAGGCCUCACCAAAUGCACCCCUUCCCAUUUACCAACAUGCUUUCCUGAAACAACAAGCCCCCAUUGCCAGCGAGACCCAGGCUCCGAUGCCCACUCCAACUCCUAAGGGAGUCUACACCCGGGGGACCCCUCUGAUGCCUGCACAGCUCCAGCCCCUGAGGCCCACUCUAGCUCCUCAGGGAGUCCAGGCCAUGGGAACUCGUCUGACCCCUGCACAGCUCCAGGCCCUGAUGCCCACCCUAACCCCUCAGGAAGUACAGGCCCUGGGGACCGCCAUGACCACUCAGCAGCUCCAGGCCCUCAUGCCCACCCUAACUCCACAGGAAGUCCAGGCCUUGGGAACUACUCUGACCACUCAGCAGCUCCAGGCCCUGAUGCCCACUCUAAUCCCUCAGCAGGUCCAGGCCCCGGGGACCACUCUGACCCCUCAGCAGGCCCAGGCCCUGGGGACCACUCUGACCCCUCAGCAGGCCCAGGCCCUGGGGACCACUCUGACCCCUGCACAGCUCCAGGCUUUGAUGACCACCCUGACUCCUCAGAAAGUUCAGGACAUAGGGGCCACUCUGACCCCGGCACAGCUCCAGGCCCUGAUGUCCACUCUAACUCCUCAGGAAGUCCAGGCUCUGGGGACCACUCUGACCCCUCAGCAGGCCCAGGUCUUGGAGACCACUCUGACUCCGGCACAGCUCCAGGCUCUGAUGCACACUCUGACCCCUCAGCAGGCUCAGGCCCUGGGGACCACUCUGACUCCUCAGCAGGUCCAGGCCCUGGGGACCACUCUGACGCCUCAGGAAGUCCAGGCCCUGGGAACUACCCUCACCCCUCAGCAGGCUCAGGCCCUGGGGACCACUCUGACUCCUCAGCAGGUCCAGGCCCUGGGGACCACUCUGACGCCUCAGGAAGUCCAGGCCCUGGGAACUACCCUCACCCCUCAGCAGGCUCAGGCCCUGGGGACCACUCUGACCCCUCAGCAGGCUCAGGCGCUGGGGACCACUCUGACUCCUCAGCAGGUCCAGGCCCUGGGAACUACCCUCACCCCUCAGCAGGCUCAGGCGCUGGGGACCAUUCUGACCCCUGCACAGCUCCAGGACCUAGGGACAGCUUUGUCCCCACCACAGGCUAAAACCUUGGGGAAAACGGUGACUACUCAGCAAGCCCAGACCCUGACAACCAUGCUAACUCCUCAGGAAGUCCAGGUUCAAGGAACACCUUUGACUCCUGAGCAGGCCCAGGCCCUGAUAGCCACUCUGAUCCCCCAGCAGGCCCAGGCCCUGGGAACCACUCUGACAACUCAGCAGGCCCAGGCCCUGAUAACUACUAUGACCCCUCAGCAGGUCCAGGCCACGAUGACUGUCUUGACUCCUCAGCAGGCCCAGGUCUUGGGAACCAGUCUACUUCCUCAGGAAGUACAGGCUCCAAUGGCUACUCAGACUCUUCAGCAAGCCCAAGUCCCAGGGACUACUCUGACUCCUCAGCAGGCCCAGGUCUUAGGCACCAGCUUAACUCCUCAGGAAGUCCAGGUCCUGAUGACCACUCGAACUCCUCAGGAAGUCCAGGACAUGGAGAACACUCUGACCCCUCAGCAGGCCCAGGCCCUGAUGACUGCUCUGACCCCUGAGCAGGCCCAGGUGUUGGGAACCAGUCUAACUCCACAGGAAGUACAGCCAUUGGGAACCACUCUCACCCGUGAACAGGUCCAGGUCUUGGAGACCACUCUGACCCCUCAGCAGGCCCAGGCCCUGGGGACUACUAUCACCCCUCAGCAGAUCGAGGCUCUAGAGACCACUCUGACCCCUCAGGAAGUCCAGGCCCUGGGGACCACUCUGACCCUGCAGCAGGUCCAGACCCUGGGGACCACUCUGACACCUCAGGAAGUCCAGGCCAUGGGAAUCACUCUGACCCCUCAGCAGACCCAGGCCCUGGGGACUACUAUCACCUCUCAGCAGAUCGAGGCUCUAGAGACCACUCUGACCCCUCAGGAAGUCCAGGCCGUGGAGACCACUCUGACCCCUCAGGAGGCCCAGGCCCCAACAACCACUCUGAUCCCUCAGCAGGUCCAGGCCCCAAUGACUACUCUUGCUACCCCUCAGCAGGUCCAGGCUCUGGGGACCACACUGACUCCUCAGCAGGUCCAGGUCUUGGAGACCACACUGACUCCUCAGCAGGUCCAGGUCUUGGAGACCACUCUGACCCCUCAGCAGGUCCAGGCCCUGGGGACCAUUCUGACUCCACAGCAGGCCCAGGCCCUGGGGACCACUCUGAUGCCUCAGGAAGUCCAGGCCAUGGGAACACCUCUGACCCCUCAGGAGGCCCAGGCCAUGGGAACACCUCUGACUGCUCAGCAGGCCCAGGCCCUGGGGACCACUCUGACUCUUCAGCAGGCCCAGGCCCUCGGGACCACUCUGACUCCUCAGCAGGUCCAGGCCCUGGGAACCAUUCUGACCCCUCAGCAGGACCAGGCUCAAGGAACCACUCUGACUCCUCAGCAGGCUCAGGCCCUGGGAACCAUUCUGACCCCUCAGCAGGCCCAGGCCCCAACAACCACUCUAACACCUCAGCAGGCCCAGUCCCCGAUGACUAUUCUCGCUACCCCUCAGCUGGUCCAGGCUCAAGGAACACCUCUGACCCCUCAGCAGGCCCAUACCCUGGGGACCACUCUGACGCCUCAGGAAGUCCAGGCCCUUGGAAUCCACCUUAUCCCUGAGAUACUACUGGACUUGGCUGUGGCACUUCCACGUGAGCAGGCCGUUGUCACUCCAGAACCAGCCCCAACACUGAGAUUCCCUAUUGUCCCUCGGCUUACUCAGACACUGAAGGCAGCUGGCACUUUGCAGAUCCAGGAAGGGCAAACCCCACUUCCUGUGAAACAAUCUCAGCUAUUCAGGUUCCCCAGACCUCAAGAACAGACUGAGGUGGCCCAAGCAACUGGGGCCACCCAUGCUCCCAUGCCGGUUCCAGCGAUGGCGCCCCCUGUCACUUUUGUUCAGGGACACUCCUUAGAAAUCCCUCUCACCCCUGAGCAAUUUCCAGUGUCUGGUGUUCCUCCCGCUCCAGGGCAAUCCCUGGAGCUGGAGGCUGUCAGUUCUAGGCAGUUAUUUCCGGCCAAGCAUCCUCAGACCCCCUGGAUGCCCACAGUAUUGAAGGCCCCUCUCACACCCUGGCACACACUCAAAUCUGAGCUCCCACCCCUCUCUGGAAAGAGUUCAGGGCACUGGGUUCCCCGCUCUCCUCAGCAGCCCUUGGCUCCUGGGGCCUCUUCCAUCCAUGGAGAACUCUUGGAAGCUGGAUCCCCAGCCCUCUCAGGGCAGCCUGCUUUCCUGCCCUCUGUCACUGCUGGGAAGCCUCCCGCUCUACUGGCCCCUUCUGCCCUUGGGCAGCAUCUGCCCAGGCAAGCGUCCCCUCCCACCUCUGAGCACCUGCAGAUCCCCUCAGUUGCUGAAAAGCUCCCCAAGAGCUUGGCCUCUUCUGACAGGAAGAAAAGAUUUCCAUCCAUUCCCUUUCUGAAAUCUCAGUCAUUGCUGGCCCAACCCAGUGUUUCAGGUUUGAAGACAAUUCAAGAUCCUUUCAGCAAGAGAAAGAUCCAAAUUUCAAAUGUCUCAGACACCCCUGGAGAAACUCUAACGCUCAAAGAUUCUUCAGCCACGGACUCACUUAGGACACUGCAUUUUUAUCCCAUCAGUGACAGGGUACCAGUGUCACAAAUCCCUGACUCUGAUGAGAGGCCACCUCCCACGCUACAGAAGCCCAGAACAGCCCUGCCUCCUCUCACUCUGCAGCUAUCCCGGACACCGCAGAUGUCAGCCCCUCCAAGGGAGCUGAAAUCAAGCUUCCCCUCCCUCGACGAGCCCUGGAUAAAGACUUUAGCUUUAGGUAAAGAACGCGAGAUGAUGGUGCCUCCUCCCACUCCCCAAGAACCUGACAAGGUGACGUAUUUUGUCAAGGUGGAGGCUCAGAGAAAGAAUCUGAUCCUCUUGAAUCAAGCCAUGCAAACACUGGGACUCCCUCCGCAGCUACUCACGAUAGCUCGGAAUCUCAUCGUUGAACUACUCCGCACAGACGCAAUCCGGCUGGGAUUCUUCUUCCACAAGUACAUUGCCUACAGGCUGAUCCAGCGUGCGAGAAACAACAUCAUUCAUCAAAUAAAAGCCACACAAAAUACAGGAAAAGGUUAUGAGGCCAGGAACCUCCACAUCAUGCUGAGCAGAAUUGAUGACUAUCAGAAGAAGAUGAUGCGUGCCUGGGCCGAGAAGCUCAAGUCCCUGGAGGAGAAACGAAACCAGUGCCUGGGGAAAAUGACACCCUUGUUUACCCAGCUUCGAGAGAUGUAUAAAUUGAAUCUUAGCCGACCAAUCCUGUUGAUUCCUAGCAAAAAGGAGACCCCUGCCUCUGCUGAACUUUUUAAACAGCCACUCCAAGAGCUGCCAAUAGAAAAAGACAAACUAUACGACAAGAAAAUCAGACAACAAGAAGACCAGCUGAGAUCCAUCUGGAAUGCUGAUCUGUCCUCCUCAAGCUACCCAAUCGUAGAGAAGACACCAGUGAGUUUGCUGUGGGCCAAGCUGGGUGGGUUUCCGGACAUUCCCAGGCUGCUCCAGUUAGACAUCCAGUCCACCUUCAGAAAAUCUCUUGCCUCCCUGAAGUCACGGUAA